UCUACACUGACAUCUGCUGGCAGGGAGGAAUAUUACAUUUCAAGAGCUUUUAUUUUGAAGUGUGGAGACCCGCAGCUGUUGUUAAACCUCUGUUGACAGUGGGACGAGUGUGAAGUGAAUACAGCAGUGAAUGCUGCAAAUCACAGGAGGAUGGACUCCAGUGGGAAACCCUCAACUGCACAGAUCGUGGUUUUGGCCACCAGCUCAGCCCUGACUGCAGUCUUCUAUUCCAUUUACAAGAGCAGAGCUACAACGGUUGCCAGAUUAAAGGAAGCCAAGAAAGUCUCCAUUGAUCAGGAUUUAAAAAACAUCCUGUCUGAAACUCCUGGACGAUGUGUCCCAUAUGCGGUCAUAGAAGGUGUAGUGAGAUCUGUGAAGGAAACUCUGAGCAGCCAGUUUGUUGAUAACUGCAAAGGUGUGAUUGAAAGACUGACCUUGAAGGAGGAAAAGAUGGUGUGGAAUCGCACCACUCAUCUCUGGAACAACACCGAGAAAAUCAUCCACCAGCGCACCAACACAGUUCCCUUUGCCCUUGGGUCUCACGACGACGAUAUCGCCGCCACAGUGCGGGUUAUACGUCCGCUAGAUGCUGCCGAGUUGGACCUGGAGACCACAUACGAAAACUUCCACCCCACGGUCCAGUCCCUGUCCAACGUUAUUGGCCACUUCAUUAGCGGGGAGCGCCCCAAGGGCAUCCACGAAACGGAGGAGAUGCUGCGGCUGGAAGACAGCGUCACAGGCGUAGGCGAACUGGUCCUGGAUAACAACCUGAUCAAGCUCCAGCCUCCGAAACAGGGCUUCCGCUACUUUCUCACUCGGCUGGACUACGAGUCUCUUCUCAGGAAGCAGGGGAACAGCGUCCGGCUGUGGCGGAUUUUGACCGUCGUCUUCGGCAUCGCCGCGUGUUCCACGCUCCUCUUCAUCCUGUGGAAGCGAUACGUGCACCACCGAGAGAGCAAGAAGGAGAGAAGCAUGCUCGAGGAGUUCAAGGAGCAGCAGAAGAAACGCAUGCGUGAACUCAACGUAGAAGAAAGCAGCGUGUCGCCCACCAGCUGUACUGUCUGCCUGAGCCGGGAGCGGUCCUUGGUGUUUCUCGACUGUGGCCACGUGUGUGCCUGUGCCCAGUGCUAUGACGUCCUGCCAGCGCCAAAGAAAUGCCCCAUCUGCAGGGCGACAAUAGACAGGGUGGUGCCUCUUUUCAACAGCUAAUGUACAGAAAUGUGAGUAGGAAGUCCACUCAGUCAUCAUAACACUGGAGAUAUUUCAUAUCAAAGCUGCCUGUUCAGGCUUGAAAAAGGGUAAUAUCGGUAUUUUGUUGCACUUUUUUUGCAUACUGAUAGAUAAAUAGGUAGCUGUGCUGAAUCACAUUUCCCAUUUAAUGUUCAAAUCAACUUUGAAACCUGUAAAAAAAAAAAAAUAGAGAAAAUGAAAUUCCUUCUUGCCUCUUGAGAGAGGAAAUUAGAUUUUUAUCAUACUUCUUCACACUGACAAAGGUUGAUCGAUAGAACAUUUACUAAUUGUUUUUCUACGAACGUGCUUACAUUUUAUACACCUGUUUCCUAAAACAGCACUUAAGAGCGAGAGCACACGCACACAGAUAAGACCUUCUGAAUACACUUUAAAGUGAAGUAAAAUGUUGUAAAAAAAAAACAGCGUAAUGUGCUGCCAACAGUCUACAGCUCUUAUCUUGUUGCCCUCUUAGAUUCAUGAUACUGGAUGAAAGUAAGUUUAGGAAAGUAAAUUUCAGAAAAUUGGCAUUUGCAUUUCAGCUACUGUAUAAGAUAUAAUACAUUAAACAAAAACAGGAAGAGGAUUAUGACGACAUUAACUGUCAAAUGUGUUUUGUGCACUCUGUCUAAUAAUUUCUAACAAAGACUUAAGCAGUGUAAUUUGGGAAACUCCUCAUUUGUAAAAUGGAUUUGACUUAAA